AACCUGCUCCUGCUCGAACUGGACUUUUUUUCGCGCAGCGGAAGUUAACCUCUCCUGCCCCGGAAGUACAACACUGCGGUCGUCCCGGUGCGCGUUCCGCGGGGCUGGAGGCUGCUGUCAAGAUGCCGGGAGCGUCGGUGCAGGGCUCGGCGUUGUCCGAGACGAUCGAGAGCUUCGUGGAGACCCUGAAGCGGGGCGGCGGGCAGCGCAGCUCCGAGCACAUGGCUCGGGAGACCCUGGGGCUGCUGCGCCGGAUCAUCACGGGCCAGCGCUGGAGCAACGCAGGCGAGCUGAUGGAGCUGAUCCGCAGAGAGGGCAGGAGGAUGCUGGCCGCGCAGCCCUCCGAGACCACCGUGGGAAACAUGGUGCGGAGAGUGCUCAAGAUCGUGCGCGAGGAGUACGGCAGACUGCACGGGCGCAGCGACGAGAGCGAUCAGCAGGAGUCCCUGCACAAGCUGCUGACCUCCGGAGGCCUGAGCGAGGAUUUCAGCUUACAUUACGCCCAGCUGCAGGCCAACAUCGUUGAGGCGAUCAGUGAGCUGCUGGUGGAGCUGGAAGGCACAACGGAGAACAUUGCAGCGCAGGCUCUGGAGCACAUUCACUCCAACGAGGUGAUCAUGACCAUCGGGUUUUCAAGAACAGUGGAGGCCUUCCUUAAAGAGGCCGCCCGAAAGAGGAAAUUCCAUGUUAUUGUGGCAGAGUGUGCUCCUUUCUGCCAGGGUCAUGAAAUGGCCGUCAAUCUGUCCGAAGCCGGAAUUGAAACCACUGUCAUGACUGAUGCUGCUAUUUUUGCUGUUAUGUCAAGAGUCAACAAAGUGAUCAUCGGCACAAAGACCAUCUUGGCCAAUGGCGCCCUGAGAGCCGUGACGGGAACUCACACCCUGGCCCUGGCGGCGAAGCACCACUCCACCCCACUCAUCGUCUGCGCCCCCAUGUUCAAACUUUCCCCACAGUUUCCCAAUGAAGAAGAUUCAUUUCACAAGUUUGUGGCUCCUGAAGAAGUCCUCCCUUUUACAGAAGGAGAUAUCCUGGAAAAGGUCAGCGUUCACUGCCCGGUGUUCGACUACGUCCCCCCAGAGCUCAUUACCCUCUUUAUCUCCAACAUCGGUGGGAAUGCACCGUCCUACGUCUACCGCCUGAUGAGUGAGCUCUACCACCCUGACGAUCACGUGCUGUGACCGUCGCUUGUGCUAAGCGGAGAGUGCUCAGGCAGAGGGAGCCGGAGCAUGCUCAGCGCUGCCGCUGCAGGGUCCUCCCAGCAGCGGGCGGAGUCAGGCUGGACAGACUGCACACCGUGUCCUGGCGUCUCCGUUGUCCCACACAGGGCUCUCACCCAGGACUGCUCCUUGCCUUUAAGAGUUUAACAGAGCAGCAGGGCCGAACCUAUUGACUUUGGAGCCUCUUGGUGACCUGGCUGCGUCUGUUUCAGGAACUUCAACUUUCUGGUUCACUGGUGCGUUAAACAUAACACUGAGUACCUUGCUGGGAUAUGGAGUUUUACUCACAAGUGGCUCCCACACCUUUUCCUAGGCUGUGCCAAUAAAAGCUUCUGCGAAG